AUGACAACACCGUCCUCUUUUGCUGCAGUCAAGAGUAAUCUUGAUGCAAUCCUAGCUGACCCCCCAACGGCCUUCGAUGAGCCCGCCAUAGAGAAGCUGAAGCUUGAACUCACGCAACAAACCGAUCCAAGUAUACCAACUAGGAUCCUCGCACAGAUCUCACAGGUGCUUCCAGUUGUACAAUAUGACCCUACACCACUCACGACCCUCGGAAUUCGAGCUGCCGUGUUCCUCAAAUUCUCCGACCUUCAAGCCGUGGACCCGCCGCUUGACCUGCUCGCUGGAAUUCGGGCGCCGUCGCCGCCGAUAAACUUAUUGACGCUAUCGCUACUUGCAAAAGCCAACCGCGUGCCGAGCGAUGCAGCUAUUAUUGCCGGAGACUCGGACCUGGUAGCAACCCUUGUGGAGCUCUGGCUCUCCACAUCCAACCCCGAGGUUGCGCAGGCUGCCGUGGACGUUCUGUGGUCAUUGCUGGAGGUUGAUGACGUCGACACUGAAACGGUUGUUGGGUCCACUCAGAACAUUGUCGCAGGCCAGGGUCUCCUAUGGAGAAGGGUCUUUACCGACAAAAAUGUAUAUGGUCUUUUGUUCUCGAUAUGCAGUCUUGCCAACACCGGAGGCACUCCGCCGCUGUCGAAACGAGAAAAGACUGUUGCGCAAGGACGGCUAUUGGACUUUAUAGUGAAAAUUGGGACACUUCGUUGGGAUUGCAUAGCGGAAUCUCAAAUUCCCGAGGUCGAGUCUGAAUACCGGAGUAAUAGUCUGCUUGAGUUCGCAGCUUGUCAUAUGGUUGAUACUUCCGAUGUAUUGAUGCACAUGACGCUUCUGAACUUCUUCCGGGAAUUGGUUCUAAUAGGGGCGCCAGGGCUGAAGACCGCUUCUCCGCCGCAUCAAGUCUCGCCUUUCUCUUCCCGAGCUCUCGACUUCCUAUUAGACAAGAGUCUCCACCAGCGAGUCUUGGGUUACUACCUUGAUCCGUCUCAGCUAGACUCCAUUGACAUUACCUUUCUCACCAGUCCUAUCAUGGCCUAUGUCGCACAAUAUGCGCAACUCUACCCCAAUCAUCUUUUGAAAAGUCCACGGGAACUACUUGACAAAAUAUUGUCUCGAAUCCACAAGGCUCUUGAUAUCCCGUCUGCUCAGUGGGCACAUGGCGAAACCCCCUUAGGUGAUCUCACGAUUUUAGGCUCUCUUCCACGGGUAAUGCUCGUCGAAGCUAGCAGAAGGUCCCUCAAUCCACUGCAAACAGUUCCUUCUAAUCCACCAAACAGAGCUUGUUAUCAAACCCUUGCGAGAGUUUUCCACGGGCCAUCAUCAACCACGUCAUCAGACACAGCGACAACUGUUAGCAAAGUGCCAACUGAUGCUUUCAAGGAAUCCGUGGCAGCACGCAUACUGUAUUUCACAUAUCUCAGCGAGCAUGCGAACUUGUGGCAAAAUGUGGUUGCCGCCGCAGAUAUUGUUGCCAUGAAAGAUGUUGCUCUCGCGGCUAUUGCCGUGAUUGGUGCCGUUGUUACAGCAAACUGGAACACACUGUCGACGGCGGACGCACAACGCAUAUCAGCUUCUCCAUUCAAACUUCCCUCCGAGGAUGAGCUGAAUAGACAAGCUUCUACCGGACCUGGUAUUCUGCCUAAAUCCGGAUCAUGGGCAGUAUUGACUCCUCCUGCACUAACGACAGUGCUUCCCUAUCUAUUCAAGCCCCCUCUAUCAUAUAGCAACUUUGUGGCGGGUGGCGCUGGAGAUCCCGAAAACGCCAUUUGGAAACUAGCUACAGCCAAGUAUGAUGUGCUAGUAGACCUCCAUAGGAUGCUGAAGAAUUCAACAGCUCAUGUGGAGGGCUUUGAAGAUAUCGUGCAAACCUUGGAACAGCGUAUUCGUGAUGGGCCUCAAGGACCAGCCAUCCAAGUCGGCAGCCGUGUAGAGGCAGUUGAUCUGUAG